GUUGCCGCCUGGGAGGAGGAGCAGGCGACAGGGCGGCCAUCUUGGCUCAGACGUCAUGACGUCAGUCCGGGUCCGUCCUCCUCCGUGGUCGCGCUGUUUCUGGUCAUGGACGCUCAGAAGGAAGCUCUGCGCAGGAUCAUCAGCACGUUAGCCAAUAAGAACGAAGAGCUUCAACACUUCCUGGAAACUGUCAACAACACUAUGACAGGCCUGCAGGAGGAGUCCUGUAAGGUGAUGUCAGAGCUGGAGGUGGAGCUUGAGCAACUUAAUGCUGCCCUUGAAGAGAAGGGGGCGGAGCUUCGUGGCAUGAUUGAAGCAGAGCAGCGGAGGAAGGAGGCGGAGCUUCAGAAGCAGCAGUCAGAGGGAAACUUUGCUCUUGUGUCAUGUGAGGAGCUGCUUGAAUUCGCUAACCAAACGCUGAGCAUCACCAACGAAGAAGAAUUCCUCAUGGCUGCAAAACAAAUCAAAGAACGGGUAACGAUGGCGCCUGCGUUCCGGCUGACAACUCGCCCGGUGGCGUCUGAGAAUAUGUCGCAGUUUACGGUCGACUUCAGCACGGAGAGGGCGGGGCUUCAGCGGCUUCACUUCCUGCCAGUUCCCAGAGCUCCUGAGAUCGACGUCUCCCGCUGCUGCGUCCGUGACAACGCCGUCACCGUCUCCUGGCGUCCGCCGGCCGAGGACGAGAGCAGCGUCUCCAACCAACGCUACGAACUCCAGUACCAGAAAAACAACCAGGACGUCUGGAUGAGAACCACAGGGGCAUGCUGGGAAAAAAUCUGUGACAUCACCCAGACACAGGCCACCAUCACAGGUCUAAAGUUUGAUUCGCGGUUCGUGGUCGUUCGAGUGCGAGCGAGGAACAAAGCGGCGGCCGGAGAGUUCUCGGAGCCUGUCGCCAUGGAAACGCCAGCGUUUAACUUCGGGCUGGAGGCGGCGACGGCUCACGCUGAGCUGAAGGUGGACGGACUCACGGUCACAUGGGAACCACAGGUCAAAGGUCACGAGGCUCGACUCAAAGGGAAGGACCCCAGGGCCAGUCGUAGCUCCACCCCUUCACCCAAUAAGACGUCGACUCCUCGAGGAGCAAGAGACCGAUUCUCAGGAGACUCCUACACAGUCCUGGGUGACCAGGAGAUGACCAGUGGCGUUCACUACUGGGAGCUCCGCCCCCUGGCAGAUUGGAAGUCAUUCAGCGUGGGCGUGGCCUAUCGAGGCAGCCUGGGCCGCUUUGACCAAUUAGGGAAGAGCCCGGGUUCGUGGUGUCUCUGUGCCAGCCAAUGGCUGCAGAGCUCCCUCUCAGCCAAACACAACAACCGCGUCAAGACGCUGGACUGGACGCUGCCUCAGCGCAUCGGAGUUUACUGCGACUACGACAACGGUGAUUUAUUUUUCAUCGACGUCGAUCGACUUCGUCUUCUUCACUCGUUCAAAACAAAGUUCAACCAGUCGCUGGUUCCUGCCUUCAUGGUGUGGUGUGGAGGUAUCACCAUAGCAACGGGUCUGCAGGUGCCGAGCAUCAUGGGAAACUUCCUGUCGACCAAUCAGAGCCCCAGCAGCCCUUCACAAUAAAAGCUGAAUCCACUGAGUUAAAUUAUUUAAUUAAUAGUUUAAUUAUAAUAUAUUAUUUUAUUUAUAGUUUAAUUAUAAUAUAUGGUGAUUUUAUUUAUAGUUUAAUUAUAAUAUAUGGUGAUUUUAAACCAUGGUCAGUUAAAAUCCUGUCCUGGAAACUGGGGCUUUUAUUUUGUCACGUUCUGUUUACAUCUACCAAUAAAAUCAUGUGGUGAUCACUCC